CGGGUGAGGGUCUUCUCUGAUCCGAGAAUGGCUACUCCUCGGUACGAGCCAGUGGCUGAGAUUGGGGUUGGUGCCUAUGGAACGGUAUACAAGGCCCAUGAUCCGCACAGCGGCCACUUCGUGGCCCUCAAGAGCGUUAGAGUCCCUAAAGGAGGAGGUGCCGGAGGGGGCCUUCCCAUCAGCACAGUUCCUGAAGUGGCAUUGCUGAGGAGGCUGGAGGCUUUUGAGCAUCCCAACGUUGUCCGGCUGAUGGACGUCUGCGCCACUGCCCGAACCGACCGGGAGACCAAAGUGACCCUGGUGUUUGAGCACGUGGACCAAGACCUGAGAACGUACCUGGACAAGGCACCCCCACCGGGCUUGCCAGUGGAGACCAUCAAGGAUCUGAUGCGCCAGUUUCUAAGAGGCCUAGAUUUCCUUCAUGCCAACUGCAUCCUUCACCGAGACCUGAAGCCCGAGAACAUUCUGGUGACCAGUGGUGGGACAGUCAAGCUGGCUGACUUUGGCCUGGCCAGAAUCUACAGCUACCAGAUGGCACUUACGCCUGUGGUUGUUACACUCUGGUAUCCUGCUCCAGAAGUUCUUCUGCAGUCUACGUAUGCAACAUAUGCAACACCCGUGGACAUGUGGAGAGUGGCUGUAUCUUCGCAGAGAUGUUUCGUUCGCAAGCCUCUCUUCUGUGGAAACUCUGAAGCUGACCAGUUAGGCAAAAUCUUGGACCUGAUCGGGCUGCCCCCAGAGGAUGACUGGCCCCGAGAUGUGUCUCUGCCCCGAGGAGCCUUUUCCCCCGAGGGCCCCCGUCCAGUACACACAGUGGUACCUGAGAUGGAGGAGUCUGGAGCACAGCUGCUGCUGGAGAUGCUGACUUUUAACCCACACAAGCGAAUCUCUGCCUUCCGAGCCCUGCAGCACUCUUAUCUACAAAAGGCAGAAGGUAACCCAGAGUGAGCAGUGGAACGGCUGCCACAGUAGCAAGAGGAGAGAAGCUGUCUUUUCUCUUCCUUGGAACACUUGAGUGGAG